AAAAAAAAAUCGGUAAAAUUACAACAUGGCGCUUUCUAUGAUCGACAGUCUCUUUUCUCAAGCAAGUAAGACACCUCAAGAAGAAAUUGACAGAAUUUGUCAUGGUAUUCUGGAAAAUCUUUAUGCACCAGAGAAAUCUACUGAAUGUAUGAACCAGCUGCGGCAACUCUAUUUCAUUCUACAGUCCUCUAGCACUGAGCCAUGUUUGCCAAGAAACAUGAUUUCAACUUUGGUGAAUAUGGUGAGUUCUAUGGAUCAUGACAAAACAAAAGAAUGUCUCCUUUGUGAGCAGAUUUUGGCUGAGCUUUUGCCACGUGAUGAGGGUGAUCUAGGGUCCGACUUCUAUCCCAGCACAGGCUAUCAAUCAUCCGAAGCCACGGCUAACUGCUUCUCUCUCUAUCUAAUACAGGGAAACAGGAAUUUUUGUUUAACUAACCUCAUUCCACAAGCUGUAAGGUGGAUGUCCUCAGAAAAGGAAGAUUUUAAUGUUAAAAGACAGACCUUCUCCUUCCUAGUGUCAAUACAGGUCCUACACAAUAAACUUCUGUCAGAGGAGACCCUGAAAGAAGUUAAUAGUACAGUGAGUGAUUGGUUGAUGAAUGCCUCUCUGUAUCAACUCCCAAAUCCUUACACCAUUAAUCCUUUCAAGAAAGACCAGGCCACUGUUGUAAAUGAAGUAGAUGGAACUCCCAGCAGAAAUUUCUUUACUGUGCUCAAUGUUGGCCAGUAUUACACAAAUGACCAGUUCUUGAACAUCUAUAGUUUCUCUAUGUUGUACAAAUGGUUGUACCACUCCCAUGUUACUAGUGAGGAGAGCCAGGAAGUAUCUAAUAAAUCUGCCCAUGUGUUCAACUCUUUAGUAGAUAAAUCCAUCGAUUACUGUUUUAGAAUACUGGACCAGUGUGAAAGAAAACCUAAAGUUGCAUCAGACGUAGACCUCCAAAACUGUUGUUUGUUGGAGAUAGUAAAUAUCCUGGACAUCAUUUGUAAGAUAGAACCAGGUCGGGUUGCACGAGUUUUCCAGGAGGUGCGUCGAUUGUACAACAGACUAGCAGCAGAACCAGACAAAGCCAGACUUCUCAUUCCAGUUCUACAAUUCUUCCUUAAUCAUGGUAAAAGUGUAGAGCAUGACCCACAAGAGGCGUAUACAUUGUUUUUCCACAAGUUGCUGACUCAGUGGUACUUAGACCCAGCCUUCAGUUUUGAUACAGUCACCUUUAUUAAAGAUAACCUUGAAACUCUCUGUCACAACACAUCCAUACUGUCUACAUACUUUCCCAACAUCCUCAAGAUUCUAGCCUGGAAUCCUCGGACUUAUUUGACUGAUUUUGAAGAUAUACUGCCAGCACUGAUGUCUCCCUCCACCGCUACUGAAGUUUUCCAUAUGUUGUUGGAUUUGCCCUGUGUGACAGUUGCCUUAGAGGUAACUGAGCGAUGUAAGAAAAGUGAGGCUCAGACAUUGUCCACUGAGACUGAACCAAUCAGCUCACUGUCAGCAUUCCAGAGUGCCCUCUACAGGCCAAUGUUUAAUUUCUUCACAAGAGUGGAGGGAGGGCACGGAGAUACCAUAAAUAGAUUGUCUUCCUUCCAUAAUAUUCUGAGGGAUAUGAACCAGCAUCCACGAGUGGUUGUCUGCUCUCAGAUUGUGCCUGUUUUGUUAAGGAUUUGGUUUGAUGUUGUAUUGGAGGAUGCCUCAUCAGAGUUUGGGUCUCAGUUAAUUCCAGUCCUUCUAGAGAGAACAGCUUCAUUGUACAGUAUUCCAGGCUAUCAAGCAGAUGUCAAAAAGGUUUUGUCAGAAAAUUUGGUGCAUCUUUUGAAGAAGCAUCCAGGAAUAAUUUUGGAUCAGGCCUCAGAAAUUAAAGAUUUCCUCAUAAGUCCAAGGAAUAUUUCAGAACGAGAGGAAUUCUUUGCAAAUCUGGUUUGGUGUGUUGGUGAGUUAUGCUCAGUCAAGCAUGACAAAAGAUGCUCAGCUGAAACAAUUACAAGAUUUUUUGAUACACUUGAGGUGUUGUCUUAUGAACUCUCAGGGAUGACAUCUACAGAUGAAGGAUUUGCAGAUUCCUCAAAAAUCAUUUGCAUGUUAAUGUCAGCAAUAUCAAAGUUAGCUUCCAAAUGUCAAGACCUGAUUCCUCGAUCAAUUCUUCUCCUGACUAAGGUUGCUAAGCAGCAGCAAGCUGGUUACUUGGAUACAGAAGUAAAGGAUGCACUGGUUGGAAGGGCACAGGAACUCAUCAACCUUCUUAAACUUCCAAAUUUUGCCAAUGUUGUGUUUAACCCUGAUGAUGACAUAGAGACUGGAAGGUGGCACAGAGACAAUACAAGUUUACCUAUUACCCUCAGGGGAAUCCAACAUGUGUUAUCAUAGCUUCUUAAUAGGAAUAUCAAUCACAAUUGUCUAUGUAUACCGAAAAAUAACUUAUUUUCAUGGGGAUUUAAGAAAAAAAAUAUUGGAAUUGAUUUCAGAGUUAAGUAUAGUUGACAAGCAUGAUACUGAGGACAUAAAUCUGUGGGUCUCUCUAUACCACAAAAACAACAAAAGUUAUCCCCCCCCCCAAAUGCAAUUUUCAGAGUAAUUUACCGGGUACAUGUUCUUCAAUACACCAAAUAUUGAAGACUAAAAGUUGAUUUUGGUCUUUCUCUCUGUCCAGGACUUUAACCUUGAACUAUAUAAAAUCUUCAUAUUUGGUCAUAAUAAUUGAGGUCAGGGUCAAGGUAUAUAGUCAAAUUAAGGCCUUAAAAGUGAAUUCCAGUAUCAAACUUCUAUAUCUACAAUGUACAUGCAUAUAGUUUGCUACCAAAGGCAUCAGUGUUUCACAAACACAUCAAGUUUCUUCUAAUUUCAUACAUUUCUAUGAAUCCAUAGUCAUAGAUAAAUUUUUCCUAGAACAAUUGUAAGGGGACAGUGCAAUUUUUUUUUGAUGAACGUACAUCAAUUUUUAUUUAUAUUACUUAAUAUUUAUAUUAAAAUGUUCAUGAACA